CGCGGGGCCCGCGGCCAGCGGCGCGCCCAGCGUCCCGGGGACCCCAAUCUGCCGCCGCCGCAGCACGUGACGCGGUCGCCCCCCGCGGUCGCCGGGACUGCGCCUCUCCCCUCCCUCCGGGGCCUGGACUCGGCGCUCGGAGCCUCGGGCCCUACCGAGCUCGCUGGCCCAGCGCUCGCCCGCGCAGCCAUGGAGACCCUGGGUGCGGGGGGCGGCCGCGUGUCCCCAGCCUCGUCCACGCGCAGCCUGGACCUGCGGCGGAUGUCCGUGCGCGCCGACUCGGCCUACAGCUCCUUCUCCGCGGCCUCGGGCGGUGCGGAGCCGCGCACUCCCUCGCCCGAGACCGACCUCCUUCCGUACCUGGACUGGGACUACGUGCGCACCGCCGGCCGCGGCCGCCUUGCCAACCAGCAGCACAAGUGGUGCUUCUCGGAGCCAGGGAAGCUGGAUCGCGUGGGUCGGGGCGGUGGGAUGGUCGGGGAAUGCUCGGGCGGGGCCUGCUCCAGCUUUGGCCUCGCUAGGCCCGAGACCCAGGAACUGCAGCAUCAGGUGCUGGGAGAGUUCGAAGGUCACCAGAUCAGAUCGCUGAGAGGCACAGUGGACCCAGAACCCUGGUCCUUGAAGCUCGACAACGUCUACAGGCCUGCUCCAAGGAGUCAGAGCGCUUCAGGGGAAGUUUUGGGUCCCUGGGGAGGUGCAGGAGGAACCAUGCCCAUUGUCCAGGCUGUUCCUCAAGGAGCAGAACUCCCCAGACCAUUGUUUCAGACCAAGCAUUCCAGGUUCCAGACUCAGAAGGAAGCUGCAGUGGUGUAUCCUGCGGAGGGUCCCCAGAGCAGUCCCAUUGACUGUGAGCACAGGGUCCCAGAGACCUGCAUUAUGUCUGCCCGGCUCCCUUCCCUCCCUGAUGAUGAUGUCUUCCUGGAAGAAGCCCCGCUGGUCAGAAUGAGGUCAUCUCCAGUCUCCCAUACACCCCUGGUGCUCCCAGCCAGUGUCCAGAGGCCUGACCCAGCUACAGUCCCCCUAGAGCACCCCCUCCAUGAGUGCCCAGAAACUGCAGGAGCAAAGGACUGCUGGCCCACAUGCUGUAGCCCCCCUGGGACUGUAAAUGGUGACAUCCCAACCAUUGACUCCACUGGACUUCUGAUGACUGACUCCCCUGCAGCUGCAGGGAGUGACUCCCUCAAACCUCUCCCAGUUGAUGCCUUGGGACCUCCAGGCAAUGAUACCCAAGGGCCUCCUGAUGACACUGCCCUGGUUUGGGGCACUGUCCAGGCUGGUUCCAGGCCAACAUGGCCUAGUCCGCGCCUGGAGGAGCUGGUUCAGGAGCUUGCCAGACUGGAUCCCUCUCUGAGUGACACUCUCAUGUCCUAUCCCAGCCCAGAGCCACCUCUGGAUCUGCUGGAUGGGUUGAUUCCUUUAGCUGAGGUCUGGGCUGCAAUGAGACCAGCCUGUGCCAAGGCUGGAGAGGAGGCUGCUGGUAUUUCUGAGCCAGGGUCCCAUCUAUCAAGCUCCACCCAGUUCCUGCCAACUUCUCAGGAAGAAACAAGGCCUGAAAACCUUACCGCUCACCCUGUGCCUGACCAGUCAUGUGGCCAGGGUCUGCUUGAGCCAAAGAGAAGCAUCCAAGCUAAGAAAGUGGAGCUAGCGGACCUCCUCCAGAGGAUGCUGCGGGACCUUCAAGCUGAGCAGGAGCAGCUGGAGGGCGCCGCCCAGACCUGGGCCAGGCGCGGCGCGGCGCUGGAGGCCGCAGUUGGCCAGGCCUGUGCGCCCCGCGACCUAGAGCGGUUCAGCCGGUUCAUGGCCGACCUGGAGCGCGUGCUUGGCCUCCUGCUGCUACUGGGCAGUCGCCUGGCUCGCGUGCGCCACGCCCUGUCCCGAACGGGGGCUGACGGCGACCCCGAGGAGCAGGCCUCUCUGCUGCAGCGACUCGCGCUCCUGCAGCGGCAGGAGGAGGACGCCAGGGAGCUGAAGGAGCACGUGGCGCGGCGCGAGCGGGCCCUGCGCGAAGUGCUGGUGCGGGCGCUGCCCGCCAGGGAGCUGCGCGCCUACUGCGCGCUCCUGGCCGGCAAGGCCGCCGUCCUGGCCCAGCAGCGCAGCUUGGACGAGCGGGUCCGGCUUCUUCAGGACCAACUGGAUGCCGUGAGGAGCGGCCUUGGCCAUCAACCCCCAUCUCCCAGGCUGGCCUCGCCCCCAGGGACCCAUCCUCCGGAUAAACCUCCCUUCUCCCCUCUGUUUAUUUAGUUAAGGGCGGUGGAGGUGGGGAGCAUUACUCCCACUUUCACCCACACAGCUGGAGGUGACGCUGGUUUAUUCGGUGCUUUACCCUAGGGGUGGGAAUGACCCAGGGCAGGCCCUCCCAGGAAACUUCUAAGUAUUGUCAUGUGGCCUCAACCAAGUUUUGUGGAUUAUUUGGCAAUUAAUUCAUGGGUAUAAAAAACUGCAGUAUUCCCCCUUUUUGGGACAAGCGAGGGGUUUGGUCAGGGUUGGGUAGAGGGAGAGGAGACAAGUCAGAGUCUCAACUUAAGAUGCAAAAUAGCCCCCCCCCAAUAAAACUUGAUGUGA